CCAAUCUACAGCUAUUUCCGUUAUAACUAAUCACAGUGAAUUGAAUAAACUUUCAUUAUAUAAUCAUGAGAAUUCAAAGAAUGGCUCAAGAUCUAUUAAUAGUCCAAGCAGUUCACCUGAAAUCAGAGCAGCUGCAAUGCAAAGAUUGGCCAUACAAAAAGAUGCAUCAUCACCUUCUCGUCAUCCUUCCCCUCCAGUCAUUUCACAUAUGCACCCUCAAGGUCCAGGACUAGGAAUUAGACAAACGCCACAUUCCUAUCCACAGAGGGUAUCUACUAGAGAACCACUUCAAUCUCAUAAUUCACCUGGUGUAACAGAAAGAGAAAUUGCAAGAUUAGAAAAGUUUUCUACUCUUUUAAAGGGUCCUAAUACAGAUCUUGAUGAUUUGAGAAAACUUAGUUGGUCGGGAAUUCCUACACCUGUAAGACCUGAUACAUGGAGACUCUUAUCGGGUUAUUUACCAGCUAAUGCUGACAGAAGAAAAUCAUCACUAGAAAGGAAACGUGUAGAAUAUUUUAAUUUUAUACGCCAAUAUUAUGAUACACGAUAUGAAGAUGUGUAUCAGGAAACUUAUCGACAGAUUCAUAUUGAUGUUCCAAGAAUGAGUCCUUUGGUUCCAUUAUUUCAGCAGGAAAUUGUACAGGAAGUAAAUACUGAAGUUGAAGAAUAUGAUGUUUCUGAAUUGUCUAGAGAUAAACUUCAAGAAAUUGAAGCAGAUAGUUUUUGGUGUAUGUCAAAAUUACUAGAUGGUAUUCAAGACAAUUAUACAUUUGCCCAGCCUGGAAUACAAAGUAAAGUGAAUCUUCUAAAAGAAUUGACCCAAAGAAUAGAUGCUCCACUUCAUGAACAUCUUCAUCGACAUUCUGUAGAAUAUUUACAAUUUUCAUUUCGAUGGAUGAAUAAUCUUUUAAUGAGAGAACUUCCAUUGCGGUGUACAAUUCGUCUUUGGGACACUUAUUUGUCAGAAACGAAUGGUUUCUCCACUUUUCAUUUGUAUGUGUGUGCUGCAUUUUUGACUCAUUGGUCAAAGGAUUUACUCCAAGAAAAAGAUUUUCAGGGUUUAAUGCUAACACUUCAGAAUCUACCAACGUUACACUGGGGUAACGAAGAAAUGAGUCUUCUUGUGGCAGAAGCUUAUAGACUUAAAUUUAUGUUUGCAGAUGCACCCAAUCAUCUACAGUUGACAAAGAAAUCUCCACUUCAUGAACAUCUUCAUCGACAUUCUGUAGAAUAUUUACAAUUUUCAUUUCGAUGGAUGAAUAAUCUUUUAAUGAGAGAACUUCCAUUGCGGUGUACAAUUCGUCUUUGGGACACUUAUUUGUCAGAAACGAAUGGUUUCUCCACUUUUCAUUUGUAUGUGUGUGCUGCAUUUUUGACUCAUUGGUCAAAGGAUUUACUCCAAGAAAAAGAUUUUCAGGGUUUAAUGCUAACACUUCAGAAUCUACCAACGUUACACUGGGGUAACGAAGAAAUGAGUCUUCUUGUGGCAGAAGCUUAUAGACUUAAAUUUAUGUUUGCAGAUGCACCCAAUCAUCUACAGUUGACAAAGAAAUGAACUAGUUUUAAUACAAGAUUGAUUUAAUAAGUUAAAAACACUCUUACAGGAAUUCCAUGGAAGGAAAAACAUUGAUAUUUUAUCAUUUAAGUUGGAAUUAUAAAAUGAACUUGCCAACUUUCAUUCAUGAAAGAAGAAUAAUUUGAUGAUUGUCAAGUAUGCAUUUCAUAUCAAUAUGUAGCAGUCUGCAUAGCAGACAUGGCUAAAUCAGCUAUCAGUAAGGAUCAUUUUGUUUUGUUUUCUUAGUUAAAUGGCAAUGAAUAUUUCCUGCUACGUUAGCAAAAUAGUUUCCCCAGAGGAUAGUGUUUCCCUGUAUAGAAUAUACUAUACUUUUGUUAGAGUGUUUGAAAAAGAAAUUUGUUGCAAUUUAUCAGCAUUUAUAAAUCUAGUGCCUCUUAAUAUUAUAUCUGCUAUGCAGAUCCAAUAUAUAUAAAUGAUCUUGUGACCAAUCCAUUUUUUCACUUUUAAUGAAAAAUAAGGGUAAUGUUCAACAAAAGAGUUGAAAAAAAUAUAUAUAUUGUUCAAGCCGAAGAAUUUAUUAUAUCAUGAAACAUUUAUUAAUAAUGGGAUAUAAUAAUCUAUUUUAAAAAUGUUUCUGUUUUAUUAUUAUAAUUAUUAUUAUUUAACUGUUAAAAUUUACAAAGUAAUUGUGAUAAUCAGAUUCAUAUGAAACAUUAAUUUUUCGUUUUCUCUGAAGUGAUCAAAUAGGGUCUCUUCCCCUGUUAUAAAAUAAAAAGUAAACAUUUGUUUGGCAUAUUAUUUUAUACUGUGAUAAUGUAUUAAAAAGAAUUAUUAUUUUUUUUUUUAUUAGUAAGGACCAUUAUUUUAGUCUGAUUAUCAAGUUAUGGUAUAUAGGAAAAUGUUUCCAUCACUGUUAUUUUAAUUCAGGUUUCUUUAUUAAUAUUUUUCCUAAAUUUGAUAUUCUGUUACCAUAAUAAAAUAUCUAUAAAUGCAGUUUUAUACAAAAUGUGUUUAAAUUAUAAAGUAUUUCCAUUGGAAUUUACAUCAAAUAAAUAGUAUUUUAAUUAAUUAUGUAUAGUUUAAUGUUCUUUAUAUUUAUUUUAAAAAGUUCUUUUUUUAACUGUCAUUAUUUAGUAUGUAAAAACAAAGUGAAUAAUUGCAUUGUUGCAUCAGAAUGCUUGCUUUUUUAAAAACUAAACUCUAAUAUGGUAGAUCCUCGAUUAUCCAGAAUACUUAAAUCACAUAUACCAAGGAAAACUGCAGGUUACACUCAAGAAAAUACAGUUGAAAGUUUUGUAAAGAGAAUAUUUAAAGCAAGAUUGCAAGAAAGUUUGAAAUAUGUAAAGUUAAACAUAGUAAGUCCACAUUACAAUAUUUUCUAAUAGUUUUGAAGAAUUUUUCUACACUUUAUAUAACCAAAUUCUUGAUUAAUCUAUGCUGUCUGGCAUUAUUUUUUUCCACUUGUUCCAGAUAAUCGAGCAUCUACUAUAAUUCUUCGUACAAUACAUUUAUUAAUUUUCAAUUAAUAUCCAUAAUAUAUGGUGCUAUGUAGCAUACUGCAUUGUAUUUUUUUUUAAAUGUGCUAUAUUUAUCCUAAGUUUAUUACGCCAACUCGAGGUGUCUUCCAACGACUAAUAACGCUGCCAGAAAACAAUAAAAUAAGAGAAUAAAAAGUUCCUCUAUUAUAAUUAUUAUUAUUUUAUUUUUUUAAAAUUUGUUCAUUCAAUACAAAGAAUAGUAAUUAUGAUAGUUUGAAAUGUAUACACUUGAAGAUUAAUUUUUACAUUAUGAUAUGUUUCUUGUUAUUUCAAGUUAAGAAAAUCCAAGUGUUUUUAAUGUUAUUUAUGCAAAUAUGUAAAGGAAUAUACAUCGUAACAAUUUGUUGCAUUAUGUUUAAAAAGUAUAUGUUUGACUAUAAAAACAGUUCUGCACUAGGCUUUGUAGUUGUUCUCAAUUAUAUUUGAUUGUCCCUGUUUUUUCAAUGAAUAUUUUAUUAUAAAGUUAGUGUCUAAAAGCUAUGUAAUAAAAUAUUUAUUCAUAAAUAUGAGGGUUGAUCAGAAAAAGAGAUUAAAUAAUCAUAUAUAAAAAGAAGGAAAAAAAACAUACAAUUCCAGAAUUAAAUUUCUAUCAUAGUACAAAAAUGUCCAAUCUAUAUUAGUUCUAUAUUUUAUACAUAGUAAUUACAGCACUUAUAACAAUAUAGUGUUUAACAUCAGUGUCAUGAAACAAUGGUUCAAUGCUUUGAUAGCCAUAGUCUUGCCAUGUGUUUCACAUCAAAUCACAACUGACAUGAUGAGUUAGUGUUUUCUUUAGGCAGGAACAUAGGAGUCAGCAGAAAAUUUUUCAGGGUGGGGCAAAGCUUGGAGACAAAUAAUUACAUUAAUAAAUUUUUAUUUAAUUUUUUAGAGCUUUUUUUUGCAAGUAGAUUAUAGAAUACAGUAUUGCAUCAAUACAAAAACACUUAAUGUAUACAAAUUUACAAUAUGAAAGAAAAGAAUUAUUUACCUGAUUCCAGAGUAUGAGUGCCCCAUUUUCCCCCUCUAUGAAUGCCCUUGUACAGGAAACAUAGAAAUCAUUUGCUGAUAUAUCAGGUGGUCUUAUAGUUUUCAAUAGAGCUGCUGUAGAAAGCACCAUCCUUUGUACCACAUGCAGCCAAGUACUGUCACAAAGAAGAAUUAUUGAAAUGACAACAACAUUGUCCUCACAGCCUCUCACAAUAGCUAUAGGGUUGCAAAGCAAUUAUAUAAAUUAACUGCAUGAUUAUAUUCCAGAAUUCAGAUAGUAAAACACCAGAUACUUUCAGAAAACUGUGAACAGAACUUUGCUACUCAAGAGCACGACUAAGCUUCUUUGUUCUUAGAGAGCUAAUGGCCCUUAUCUUAAUCCACAAGUCUAGAAUUUUCAAUGACUUUAUAUAAUCGUGUAAUCUUUUUUUCUGAUCAUCCUACAUAUUGUCAACAAAAAAGCAUUCACAAUGAAACCAAACAAAAUUUGAUUCGUGUAUAUUUCAAUCCCGAGAAGACAGUUAGGAGGAGUAUCAUCUGUAGUAAAGUAUUGUAUGUACUGUUAAUGCACAUAAAGAAUAUAGUGCCAGAAUGAACAAAAUUAUAUUUAAAAAGGAGAAGUUUUUGAUACGUAGCAAUGUUGUUCAUAUAUAAAAAAUAAAUAAAAAGAUGCAUAUCAGAUUUUCAGUAAAUGAUUUUGCAUUGCAAAUUUAUAAAUUUUGUAUGUUUUAUUAUUAAUAAUUCUGUAAAAUAUUUUGAAAAUGUCAAAUAUUUAUAUAUAAACGUUGGUUAUGGAUGUGACGAAUCUCAAAAAUAAAAAUGAAAAUUUCAAUAAUUAAGAAAGAAAAAGAAAGAAAUUCUUUUGAUUACUAAAUAAUUGAGAAAGUUUUUGUGCAGACAUCAUCUGUCGUGUACUUUCUUUUAAAUGUGGCAGAAAAGAAGAAAUAAAAUAUUUUGAAAAUAAUUGCAAUUAAAUUUGCCAU